AGCGUGGGAACGCGCCUGGCGGGCGGCGGACCGCGUCUCCAGCACCAUGGUCAGGCUCCUCUUGGUUUUCUUCCCAGCGAUCUUUUUGGAGAUGUCCCUUCUCCCCAGACACCCUGGCGGGAGAGUGUUGCUGGCGGGAGCCUCGUCUCAGCGCUCGGUGGCCAGAAUGGACGGGGAUGUCAUCAUUGGGGCGCUCUUCUCCGUGCACCACCAACCUCCGGCGGAGAAGGUGCCGGAGAGAAAGUGUGGGGAGAUCAGGGAGCAGUACGGCAUCCAGAGGGUGGAGGCCAUGUUCCACACGCUGGAUAAGAUCAAUGCGGACCCGGUGCUCCUGCCCAACAUCACCCUGGGCAGUGAGAUCCGGGACUCCUGCUGGCACUCCUCUGUGGCUCUGGAACAGAGCAUCGAGUUCAUCCGAGACUCUCUGAUUUCCAUUCGGGACGAGAAGGACGGCCUCAACCGGUGCCUGCCUGAAGGCCAGUCCCUCCCCCCAGGCAGAACUAAGAAGCCCAUUGCGGGCGUGAUAGGCCCGGGCUCCAGCUCCGUGGCCAUUCAAGUGCAGAACUUGCUCCAGCUCUUUGACAUCCCCCAGAUCGCGUAUUCUGCCACCAGCAUCGACCUGAGUGACAAAACUUUGUACAAAUACUUCCUGAGAGUUGUCCCUUCCGACACUUUGCAGGCGAGGGCGAUGCUUGAUAUAGUCAAGCGUUACAAUUGGACCUAUGUCUCUGCAGUCCACACGGAAGGGAAUUAUGGGGAGAGCGGAAUGGAUGCUUUCAAAGAGCUGGCUGCCCAAGAAGGCCUCUGCAUCGCCCAUUCAGACAAAAUCUACAGCAAUGCUGGGGAGAAGAGCUUCGACCGACUCCUGCGCAAGCUCAGAGAGCGGCUUCCCAAGGCCAGAGUAGUGGUCUGUUUCUGCGAAGGCAUGACAGUCCGGGGACUCCUCAGCGCCAUGCGGCGCCUUGGUGUUGUGGGCGAGUUCUCACUCGUUGGAAGUGAUGGAUGGGCAGACAGAGAUGAAGUCAUUGAAGGUUAUGAGGUGGAAGCCAACGGGGGAAUCACAAUAAAGCUGCAGUCUCCAGAGGUCAGGUCAUUUGAUGAUUAUUUCCUGAAACUGAGGCUGGACACCAAUACAAGAAAUCCCUGGUUCCCUGAGUUCUGGCAACAUCGGUUCCAGUGCCGCCUACCAGGACACAUUCUGGAAAAUCCCAACUUUAAACGAAUCUGCACAGGCAAUGAAAGCUUAGAAGAAAACUAUGUCCAAGACAGUAAGAUGGGGUUUGUCAUCAAUGCCAUCUAUGCCAUGGCCCAUGGUCUGCAGAACAUGCACCAUGCCCUCUGCCCUGGCCAUGUGGGCCUCUGUGAUGCCAUGAAGCCCAUUGACGGCAGCAAACUCCUGGACUUCCUCAUCAAGUCCUCUUUCAUUGGCGUGUCUGGAGAGGAGGUGUGGUUUGACGAGAAAGGUGAUGCUCCUGGCAGGUAUGAUAUUAUGAAUCUUCAGUAUACAGAAGCCAAUCGCUAUGACUAUGUGCAUGUUGGAACCUGGCAUGAAGGUGUCCUGAACAUUGAUGACUACAAAAUCCAGAUGAAUAAGAGUGGAGUUGUACGGUCUGUGUGCAGUGAGCCUUGUUUAAAGGGUCAGAUUAAGGUCAUACGUAAAGGAGAAGUGAGCUGCUGCUGGAUUUGCACAGCCUGCAAAGAGAAUGAAUUUGUGCAAGAUGAGUUCACCUGUAAAGCUUGUGACUUGGGCUGGUGGCCCAAUGCAGAUCUAACAGGCUGUGAGCCCAUUCCUGUCCGCUAUCUUGAAUGGAGCAACAUAGAAUCAAUCAUAGCCAUCGCCUUUUCUUGCCUGGGCAUCUUGGUUACCCUGUUUGUUACUCUCAUCUUUGUGCUAUACCGAGACACUCCUGUGGUCAAAUCUUCCAGUCGGGAGCUCUGCUACAUCAUCCUGGCUGGCAUCUUCCUAGGCUACGUAUGCCCUUUCACUCUCAUUGCUAAACCUACUACCACAUCCUGCUACCUCCAGCGCCUCCUGGUUGGCCUCUCCUCUGCCAUGUGCUACUCUGCCUUGGUGACCAAAACCAAUCGCAUUGCACGCAUUCUGGCUGGCAGCAAGAAGAAGAUCUGUACACGGAAGCCUAGGUUUAUGAGUGCCUGGGCCCAGGUGAUCAUUGCCUCAAUUCUGAUUAGUGUGCAGCUAACCCUUGUGGUAACCCUGAUCAUCAUGGAGCCCCCCAUGCCCAUUCUGUCCUACCCAAGCAUCAAAGAAGUCUACCUUAUUUGCAAUACCAGCAACCUGGGUGUGGUGGCCCCUUUGGGCUACAAUGGACUCCUCAUCAUGAGCUGUACCUACUAUGCCUUCAAGACUCGCAACGUACCUGCCAACUUCAAUGAGGCCAAAUAUAUCGCCUUCACCAUGUACACCACCUGCAUCAUCUGGCUUGCUUUCGUGCCCAUUUACUUUGGGAGCAACUACAAGAUCAUCACCACCUGCUUUGCAGUGAGCCUAAGUGUAACGGUGGCCCUGGGGUGCAUGUUCACUCCAAAGAUGUACAUCAUUAUUGCUAAGCCUGAGAGGAAUGUCCGCAGUGCCUUCACCACCUCGGAUGUAGUCCGCAUGCACGUUGGCGAUGGCAAGCUGCCCUGCCGCUCCAACACUUUCCUCAACAUUUUCCGGAGAAAGAAGCCAGGGGCAGGGAAUGCCAAUUCUAAUGGCAAGUCUGUGUCAUGGUCUGAACCAGGUGGAAGACAGGUGCCCAAGGGACAGCACAUGUGGCACCGCCUCUCCGUGCACGUGAAGACCAACGAGACGGCCUGCAACCAAACGGCCGUCAUCAAGCCCCUCACUAAAAGUUACCAAGGCUCCGGUAAGAGCCUGACUUUUUCAGAUACCAGCACCAAGACCCUCUACAAUGUUUCGGAGGAAGAGGACGCCCAGCCAGUUCGCUUCAGUCCUCCCAGCAGCCCUUCCAUGGUGGUGCACCGACGCGUGCCUCCUGCCGCGACCACCGCACCUCUGCCGCCCCCCGUGACCACCGAUGAGACCCCUCUCUUCCUGGCGGACCCUGCCAUCCCCAAGGCCUUGGCCCCUCCACUCCAGCAGCCGGCACCACCACCGCAGCCACAGCAGCCGCUGUUGCAGCAGCAGAAGUCUCUGAUGGAUCAGCUGCAGGGAGUGAUCAACAACUUCAGUCCCGGGCUCCCGGAUUUCCACGCGGUGCUGCCUGGCCCCGGGGGCCAAGGCCCAGGGCUGCGGUCUCUGUACCCUCCCCCGCCGCCGCCGCAGCACCUGCAGAUGCUGCCGCUGCAGCUGAGCGCUUUCGAGGAGGAGCCCGUGUCCUCCCCAGCGGAGGAUGAGGAUGACAGCGAGAGGUUUAAGCUCCUCCAGGAGUAUGUGUACGAGAGGGAGGGGAACACUGAGGAGGACGAGCUGGAGGAGGAAGAUGAGGAACUGCCGGCGGCGGCGGCGGCGACAAGCAAGGUGACUCCGGAGGAUUCGCCAGCCCUGACGCCCCCGUCUCCUUUCCGAGACUCGGUGGCCUCCGGCAGCUCGGUGCCCAGCUCCCCCGUGUCGGAGUCGGUGCUGUGCACCCCGCCCAACGUGAGCUAUGCCUCUGUCAUCCUGAGGGACUACAAGCAAAGCUCUUCCACCCUGUAGGGAGAAGGUGUCCACGUGCAAAAGCCAAACAAGCCCGAGAGCGCCAACCCCUCCAGAGAUGCGCCAAGAGCUGGGAGAAGCUUGGGGGCAGGGGCUGAGUCGCAGCAAGGGAACAGAGUUCUGUUGCUGCUGCUGCUGCCUUAGGGAAGGAGAGAGGGAAAGACACCAAGCAAACAGUGAUCCAGGCCAGGAUUCUGAUUCUUGAAUUAUUCAAAAGCCUUCUCUGGAAAGAAAGGGAUUCUGACAAAGCACAAUUCCAUAUGGUAUGUAACUUUUCUUGCAAAAAUAAAUAAAUAAAUAAAUAAAAUAGAAAUAAAAUCAACAAAAAAUUUCCUCUUUAGCACAAGUGUGUGUAGAUACUUAGCCUACACAUACUUGGCCAAGCUUGUGAAGGAACAGCGCAUGUGGAAGUGCCAGUUCAAUCAUUAGCUUGUCUCGUGACAUUCGCAGUGAGCAUGGUGGAGCCAGACAGAGCAGGUGAAGAAAGGAGAGGAGGGCUCCCAUGAUGGGACCAGCCAGGGAUAAUGGGACAGCAGCUCCUGACUCAUAAGCCCAUCUCCUGCAGACUCCAAGUCUUCAGAGGACCCAAGUCUUCAGGCUCUCCUGGGAGCCUCUCUCCACCCUUGCUCCCUAGCCAGUGCCAGCCUUGCUAUGGCACUGAAGAAAGGUGCAUGGGCACUCUGCAGCUUGCAGUGUCCCUCUAUUUAGGAAAACAGGAAUAAGAGCUUAAUCAUCACCCAUAAGUGCUUCAUCGGGAUUCCUAUGGGAUAAAAGAAAGAAGCAAGACAAUACUAAGCAUGGGACUUUGAAUAAAAUCCAUACAACCAGCUUCCCAUAUUCCAUACUGGCUUCUUGGUGAUUUUGGGAAAAGGUCAGAAUAAGAGAUUGCUUUAAGAGUAGCAAAAGACUUUUGGUGGCUUAAUUUGCAUUUGUGCCAAGCAGGCUCUCCAUUACUAUUCAAUUAAACAGGACAAAUCAUGUGGCAAAAAUGUUACCUUCCAUUUACUGUAGCAAAUAAUACUUACCAGUUGAACUUCUAAGAUUCAGCAUAUGUACAAUGUGGUGCCAUUGUUUCUCCUAUGUACUACAGAAACAAAUCCAUCCUUGAGCCUAAUGGUCUACUCAUAACUAUUACUGGGUUAAAUGACAAAUAAUCCUUUCCUAUUGUCACUGAAGUCCAUAUACCUAGAGAGUGAAUGUGACCUUGUGUCCUUACUGUAUACAUGUGAUUAUAAAAUUUGUGCAAUGUAAUGUCAGCCUAGCUGCAGCUACAAUAUUGUCUUUUGGAUAUAGUAUAGAUAUUUUUUAUGUUCCAAUAAAGUUUUCUAUAUCAUUGUCACCAUUAUCUACAGAAACUCUUUGAAGGCUUGAGUAUUGCAGUCCAGUGCUUUUCAUAUGCAAUUCAGGUGGCAAUUUCUCUCCUGGGAGGGACCUUAUUUUUCUGCUAUUUUCUGAUGUGGAAAUAUAUUAUUAAUGAAGUGGUUUGAAAAUUUGUUAUAUUGAAAGUUCAUACAAUUGAGGGUGACAAUAAAAGGUACAUUUUAUAAACUUGCAGACAUAAUUAUUAAAGCAUAGGUUGAAAAGAUAGUAUUCAGAUUAUUCCAGGUUAUUUUAGUUUUUUUAAGGAUUUUGCACAGUUACUUGAGCUUUAUGUACUUGUAGUAAACAAAAACAUCUAAGUGUGGUCGUAAUUUCUCAAAUAUGUAUUUAUUGGUCACAUUUUUGUUCUUUAAUUUAUAUUUUCAUGUAGUUUUAUUCCUGCAUUUAUACUCUCAUAAAUUUUCUUCAUAUUUUGUUAUUUGCUAUUGCAUAAUAUUCAUGUUCUUGUAAUCCAAUAGUUCCACCUUUACCCCAAUAAAAAGAAAUUUAUUGCUGUUUUGAUUUCUAAUAUUAUUUGUGAAAUGAAUCUACCCCUUAAAUAUCUUUGUUUAUGCUUUAUGUUCCAUCUUAUUUUAAUAUGCAUCCUUUAUGUGGAAGCUGCUGAUUUCUCAGUGAAAAAUCAUCUUCGAAUCUUCAAAUAUCCACUCUUCCAUCAUUUGUUCAGAAUUUAACAUCAACUCCUCUGUUGGAGGCUUGUGUUUCUUAUGUGCUACCAUAUUCUACUGCCAAGUAUAGUCAGUUCCAUAUCGAGAUUAAAUGCCUUCCUUUAAAAAUUAUUUUUAAAACACCUUUAAUGAAAAACCUAUGACUGAAAUAUAGAUUUCAGUUCCAUGUUUUCAUUAUAAUGAAGCAGAAUAAGGAAAAUUGACAGUUCCAGUAUCUAAUAGAUGAAUUCUUACUAAUUGGAAAAUCAGCAAGGGAUAGCAUAUUGUCUAUUAUUAGUGAACCAUUUUUCAUCAUAAUGAAAUAACCACUAACAUAUAUCCUUAAUGUUGAAGGACUUGUGCAUUCAGAUUUUUUUUUUUAUGUUUUUUUUUUUUUUUUUUUGACAGGCAGAGUGGACAGUGAGAGAGAGAGACAGAGAGAGAAAGGUCUUCCUUUGCCGUUGGUUCACCCUCCAAUGGCCGCCGCUGCAGCCGGCGCACCGCGCUGAUCCUGGCAGGAGCCAGGAGCCAGGUGCUUUUCCUGGUCUCCCAUGGGGUGCAGGGCCCAAGCACCUGGGCCAUCCUCCACUGCACUCCCUGGCCAUAGCAGAGAGCUGGCCUGGAAGAGGGGCAACCGGGACAGAAUCCGGCGCCCCAACCGGGACUAGAACCCGGUGUGCCGGCGCCGCAAGGUGGAGGAUUAGCCUAUUGAGCCACGGCGCCGGCUUCAGAUUUU